CAUUACGGUUGCUAUACACAGCACCAUCAGUCGCGGCGUCUAUAUUUUAUUAAGAAACAGUAUGCGAUGGUUGGAUCAUUAGUUAUAAGGGCUAUCUAUAAUUAGCAUGUUGAUUUAGGUCAGUCACCAUUUGACUUUUGUUUUUGUUUUUGCUGUUGUUUUGGUAAUUUUAAUCAGGGACAACUGAUGUGGACGACCGAGAGUUUUGCCUUGCUGAUGUACUCAACGCAAUAUCCAGCUGAUUCAGCAUGUAGUUUUGUAGCGAAAUCAAAGUCCAUGUAGCGAUGGCUCAUUCUCUGGAACACCAAAUGCUUCUUCGAAAGGUAAACAGAUGCAACAAGAUGGCAGAAUGGAUUGAAUAAAAAUGAAAGCGGAAUUUACAUGCUUUUUUACUGAGUUUCAUGGCUGAUAACUGAAGUCAAGGCGCCACCAACCAUGAAAUCGUCAAGCAACAACCCAGACAAGAAACAGAAAUGGUACGAUGAUGUACGAACACAGGGCGAUCAUAACGUCAAGUAUCUAAGUAAGAUCAAAGAUAUGAAAGAACAACUUCACAAAGACGGGCAGUCUAGUACGCCCUCUGUUGGUAGGGGUGGUGAUCAUGGUCGUCAUAGGACACAUCCAGUGACUCGUCCCAGUCUUACCCGUCAUCUCUCUCUUAAUCUACCAGUAUUCGUCACCAAUGCUGACCUGUCAACCGUGCCUCGAGCUGGUAGACUAUCUAUGUACUCUAAGGCCAACAGACCAGUACCCGCCAUACAUCCAGUCCAAGGAGUAGGUCUAUUGGAUGAUGCUAAUACGAGGAAAGGGACAAAGCGUACUGAAUAUUACUCCAAGAGGCACAACUCACUUACGUCAAUUGAUAAAAUUUCGCCAGAUAUAGACAAAGGCCCUCAACCACCCACGCUUAAACGCUUUGCUCGCUCUAAAAAGCCGACACCGUUAUCUAACCGCGUUACAAAAGCCUCGUCAGAUGAACAUUGCAUGCAUCUAAGGUCGUAUAAUGUGUCAUGCUCACACUCGCAACCUCUGGGUCGACUGCGAUCAAGAUCAACGUGUAGUGAGAACGAAUCUUGUGCACAAACGAGAACUAUCAAACAGGCUUUUGGUCGACAUAGCUCCGACAAAUCAGAUUAUCGGGGUGCUGCGACCAAAGCAAAGUCAUCAGUCAAAUACAAACCGACCCGUUCAAGUUCUCAAGAUAGAAGUCGCAGGGUAAGUCAAGAACUAGUUCCUGUCAAACGAUCAAUCAACGUCGAUGUACCACAUGGAGACUACUACAACCCGGACGCCUCUGGGUACAAAGCUCCUGUCUGUACUCCCCACACGGUCGUGUCCGAAAAAUCAGAUUUGGGAUGUCACUACUCCCAAAGCAGUGACAGUGGUGUGUCUAUCAACAGGGGCAGCGCCUCUUCUGCAUCCAGUUCUCAAUACCAAGAUACGGUCGACUCUAACGAUUGGUCCGAGAUUGGUGUGACACUGUCCCAGAUACGUCUGAGUCAUUCACAGUCAGAGCCGUCUAUCAAGGACAUGGCCAACAUCAUGGCGGUGGCGAGUGGCAUCGAUGCCGAUGUCGAAUAUCAACAGAAUCGUUCGAUCUCUUCGACGACUGGGUCGUCACAAGGUAGCGAUGAUACGAUACCCGUCGUACAGAUCAACUCCAAGUCGGAAAGUGAGAACGAGAGGCAGAUGGAUAGUCUGGUGACGAUCAACGCACCUUUCAUUAUGUUUCGUCCUGCCACACCCCGUAUGCCAGAGAGAGAAGAGAAGACGUAUGACCAUGAAGUCGGUCGUGUUCUUGUCACAGCUGCUUCACAGGCCGAGUUACGACGGAAAGAGAUGCGAAAACUUGUAGAAGAUAUUGAAGAAUUCAAUUCGGCCAAUAAGAAUCUUUAUCGAAAGGUCAAGCCAAUUAGCGGCUGAGUUUUGAAUCAAGUUAAAACCCGUUUUCUGUAUCAACGCGACCAAGAAAUUCGUGAUACACUUAUACAUUUCCGUCGAGAUGUCAUGCCGGUCAUGAUUCUGUCAUUAGGUCGAAGAUAUCGUCUUUUGUGUACUUUUGCGUUGAUAUCCACCGAUCCAUUCGAUUUUCAUCAUUUUCUGACUUGAUAUAGCACCUACCAAUUACCUGUGUUUACAACUCUGUGUAUUCAAAGAAGAUGAUGUUUCCAAUAUUUCACACUCGGCCCCCAGAUGCAGUGUGAACCAUUCCCAUCCACGUGACUAGAGAAUACGUGACAUGAAGAUAAGUUCAAUUGGAAAGCAUUGUCACGAUAUGCUCUGUGGUCUAGUAGUGACUAUACUUCGAGAUUGCAAUGUAAUACGAAGAUUCAGGUUGGAAUGUGUGAGGAAAUAGAACAUUAUAUUGACCGAUGUCAUUGUAGAAAUGGUAUCCCAUGCAUGAAUAAUGUGAGAUUCGGAGUUAAGAACUGGAAUAGAAUAGUGAUGUGAAAGAAGGCAGCUUCGUAGGAAACCUUUCUCCUUUUUUCAGUGUGAAUAUGUCUUGUUAUAAAGAUGGAAAAUGAUUUAGUACAUUUAAUCAUUCAGCGUUUAAAGAAGAUUUCUCAGUCUUUAGUUAUUCGUUUUUGUGUAAAAUGAUUUAACAUAGUGAUUGUGGUUCUCAUCUUAAAAUCAUGUCGCAACUUGGUGCAUAUCUAUCAAUAUAUGUAUUUGGGGUUUAUUUUCUUCAAAAUAACGAGACAAGUGCGUUUUCUUCGUUACCCCCACCCCCGUCCACUUCUCAUCUUUAUCCCCCCUCUCUCUAUAUAUAUUUAUCUGUAUGACAUGGAUUGCAAUCAUGUCAAAUAAUUAUUACUAUGCUCAUAACUGUAGAUAUACAAUCAAGUAGGCCCAUAUUUCUUGCGUCAAGACCUUGCCAAACCUAAAGUCUGUGUAAAGCAUUGUUUAAUAUUCAAUUUCAUUGGAUCUUCCCCUUUUUUUUAUUCCGAUCUAUCAAACGUGUAUUCACCAUGAUGUUUCAUUGAUUGAUUCUUACUGAAAAUUUACAUCUUAUUCUUACCAUAUUUUUUGGCGCCCUGAUAUCAUUUUUUUUUCAUAACAAACAAUCUAAUUAUAAACCAAAAGGCGACAAUGACCUACGCAAAGAUUGUAUACAGAUAUGUUCCCCUCAUUUCAUCGGGGAUGUGUUUUUAUACCACACAGAAAAAAAUGAAAUAAGUUAUCCAACUGAUUCUUUUUGACAUUCUUAGUUUAAAUUUUACCCACAAAUAAUAUAGCUUAGAUCGUACCGCACAAUAUGUCUUUUAUUAUUAUUAUUAUGAAUUAAAGCUUUCCAAAUAUAUAAUUCUUGGAUUUACCCCCAAAUUAAAUUCAGAUUUGAAAAUAACUGUGUUGUUAUCGUUUUACAUUUGAUUUUUUUUAUAAUCAUUGUAAAAAAAUACAUGUAUAUGUUGAAAAUUUUAUUUAUAUUACCAUGAAUUUCACAAGAUAUUUGUUUUAAAAAUGCAGGUAAUUUCAAGGUAUUUUUAUCGUUAAAACACCCCAAACAAUUCAUUCGUUCAGCAUAGUUCAUAAAUUUCCACAGUGUACACGCUGUGAAGAAGAUUGCCACUGAAUGUCAUUUGUUCGUCGCAGUGUGUUCAUACAUUUCCACAAAAUACACGCUGUGAAGAAGAUUGCCACUGUGUGUCAUUUGUUCUGCACAGUGUGUUCAUAUAUUUAAACAGUGUACACGCUGUGAAGAAGAUUGUCACUGUGUGUCAUUUGGUCGGAACAGUGUGCUCAUGCAUUUCCAUAGUGUACACGCUGUAAAAAAGAUUGCCACUGUGUGUCAUUUGUUCGGCACAGUGUAUUCAUAUAUUUAAACAGUGUACACGCUGUGAAGAAGAUUGGCAAUGUGUGCCAUUUGGUCGGCACAGUGUGUUCAUAUAUCUAAACAGUGUACACGCUGUGAAGAAUAUUGUCGCUGUGUGUCAUUUGUUCUGCACAGUGUGUUCAUAUAUCUAAACAGUGUACACGCUGUGAAGAAUAUUGUCACUGUGUGUCAUUUGGUCGGCACAGUGUGCUCAUGCAUUUCCAUAGUGGACACGCUGUAAGGAAGAUUGCCACUGUGUGUCAUUUGUUCGGCACAAUGUGUUCAUAUAUUUAAACAGUGUACACGCUGUGAAGAAGAUUGGCAAUGUGUGUCAUUUGGUCGGCGCAUUGUGUUCAUACAUUUCCAUAGUGUACAUGCUGUAAAGAAGAUUGCCACUGUGUGUCAUUUGUUCAGCACAGUGUGUUCAUACAUUUCCACAAAAUACACGCUGUGAAGAAGAUCGCCACUGUGUGUCAUUUGUUCGGCGCAGUGUUUUCAUAUAUUUAAACAGUGUACACGCUGUGAAGAAGAAUGGCACUAUUUUGUUGAGCACAGUGUAAUGUACCAUUUCGGAUUUUUAAUGAUAUAAUCGUAAUAAAGUUACAUAUAUUUUAGGAAAACUCCAGAUGGGCAGUGUACUUUUUCGUAGAUAUUUAAUCAAACAUGUAUUUUGGAACGACAAAUCGGAAAGAAACUGUAUUAUUAUAUCAAGCAUAUUUGGUAAUAUUCAUUAAUAAUUUACGAACCAUUACUAAAGUAACAAUCAAUAUAGGUACAUGUAGGUAUUAUGUGUUAGAUUUGUACACACGAAAACUUGUGUCAAGGUGCAGCCAUGGACUACUAGUAUUGUUUGAUGUUUGAUUAUGUCAUGUUAUGAUUACGUGAAAAUUACAAAAUCAAAUUUAAAUCAACCCUGUAGUCGGCUAAUUAGACAGUAUAAUGUUAAUUGCGAUUGACAAUAAUUUGUAUUAUGAUUGUCCUUUUUCCAUAGGUUUUUUUUAAUAUAUGAUUUGUGUUUCACAAUGAAUUCACGGUGUUUCUGAAUAUACACAUUUUCACACUGUGUUCACAUAAACAUACCACUGCGAUAAAAUGGGAUGUUUUCUCACUCUGCACAUGUGAUUUGAGUCAAUAUGUGUGGAUGAAUUCACAGAGUUGACACACCGUGUUCCACAGUGUAAAACCGUAUUCCGAUUCGUCUCAAUAGAAUGGCUAUGAGCUUUCUGUGAAACACAGUGAUGUCACACUAUGUUCCAAAGUGUGGUGGCAGGGUAUUCUUUCCCUCAGGGAUACAAAUUAUGACCCUGUCUAACAGAUCAUGCAAUGUGCAAUUUAUAAUAUUUGUUGCUUAGAAAUUUAAUAUUAUACUGUUCAAAAAUUUUUAAAAUGUAUUUGUUCAAACUCUUAAAAAAGAACAAAUACAUAUAGGUUCGUAUACAAAUCAGGUUAUAUAAGGUUUAUACAUCUUAUUUGAUUUUGUUUUUAUCAUGUUUAUGGUGAAUUCAAUACAGAUAAUCCUUUUAAAACGUUCUUAUUAACUGUUUAUAUGGAAUCCCGAAAUGUUCUAAAACCCUUUUUAUUUCAUAUAAUACUGCGAGCAGUGGUGUGCAGUGGGGGGGCUUGGGGGCGCCUCAAAAAAUCACGACCAAGAAAAAAAUAGAAAAGGAAAGAGAGAAGGGUGAAAUAGGAUAUUAUUUUCAUAAAGUUUUGUCAAAAUCAAUCACAAAAUUGGAUUUUUGAAAUAAGAAUGUCACAGUUUUUGCUCGCUCUCUUCGCUCGCUCGCAACUUUUUUUUUUAUAUACUUUUGCCUGAUACGUUAUAUCUCACCCCUCAAAUUUGUUGGUUUCUUGUGCCACUGAUUGCGAGACUAUUUAAAUAACGUUCAUGUAUUUUUGCUUUAAGUUAGAUUAAGAAAAUCACUGGCUUUCAUUCAAUAUUGUUCUCUAUUUUGUUUACAUUUCCAAGUCAGGUGAUGAUCGUAAAAACACAAGAUGUAUUCCAUGUUUAGAUAAAAAAUAGCUAUAAUUAAGUAAACUUCUUAUACAUCUUGUCACCCCAAAUCACGUUGUAAAUAUAAUUAUGUCAUCGUAAUGGUCAGUGUAGUAUAUUUUAUCUAUACAAUAUAGUAUGCUUAAUAACGUGAAUGUUGAUGAGCAGUUAUAUAAUGAAUCAUGUAGUAAAAACUAAUCUAGUGUCAUUAUCAGCGGUGGAUAAUGAUGUAUUGUUGAAAUACUCCCUGGUGAUUUAUAAAGCGUUACUCUGAAUAUUGCUCAAAUUGCGAUGUUUUUUGUUUUAAACUGGGAAUGUGCAAUAACAAAUUUGCUUUUAAAAAGACAAUCACGUGAACUAUGUUUUUUAGUUUCCAUUUGCCACCGUUGUUCUGCUUCUCUUGCCUUCCGGUCUGAUGCAAUCUUAUAUCUUGGUAAAUGUUUUCAUUUAUCAGUUAUUGUUGCUUUAUAAUUAUGUUGAAAGAUAAAUUGUCGGCGUAUGAUAUUAUAAUCCGGCAUGACGUGCAUCGACCUAUUAUGGCAUCGACUGAAGUUCGCCUCUUAUCUGCAAACGUUAGCACCUUGUUUCCCACUGGCUUUGUACACCAAAUUUCUGAGAGCUUUGUCGCAACAUGGACCUAUGUGGUCAGUGCGGGUAGUAUAGGUCCAUGGUCGCAAUCAUUCAGACAGCUGCAGAAUACUGAAGUGAAGGUGAAUAAAAUAUUAAUAGUAGAAAUCAAUGUAAUAUGGCUAUACAGUAAUUGUACCACUUUGAAGGACCAUCAGAUUGAAAAUCUGUCAACAUAGCAAACGAGAAUAAAAGAGGACAGUUAUCAUCAUCAUUAAUUUUGCGGUCAAAACGACGAUGUCACUGUCAUGACAACACUGUCAAUUGAAGACGCAUUGCCUUCAGCUGUCAUGCGAAGACACUAGAGAAUCAUUAAUUCGCUGACCUCCGUUGGAUUCUGAAAGCACUGGGAUUACAGUUACAUCAAACUGAUCAGUGAUGCCAGCAAAUUGUUGUCUGAUGCUCCCAGUAAAAUUCCAUUCUUCAUCCAUGUCAUAUUUAUUGUCGGUUUACUGUAUAUAAACGAUGUACGUAACUACGAUUUAUGGAUGUUGUAACUUUUUAGUCGUUAGCUAUCAAAGUAACAUAUUCGGUAAUGUAUUCACUGAUAAUUUAUUGUGAUAAUAAUUAUGAAGAAAUACAAAAUCCAAAACAGUUA